AUGGCAGCCGCUAUGGCCAUGUUUACGCAGAGGGAGAGCAUCGUGGACGAUUACGCUCUAGGCGAUUGCAUUGGGAAAGGCGCAUUCGGAUCAGUGUACAAGUGUCUUAAUAGAAGAACGGGCGAGACAGUUGCCAUCAAACAAGUCAAGUUGGCAAACAUUCCUAAAUCUGAGCUGGGAAUGAUCAUGAUGGAAAUCGACUUGCUCAAAGAACUCAAACAUUCCAAUAUCGUCAAGUACAAGGGAUUUGUCAAGACAAAGGACUACCUCAACAUUGUUAUGGAACUAUGUGAGAAUGGAUCUCUGCAAAGCAUCUCUAAAAAGUUUGGCAAAUUCCCUGAACACUUGGUCGCUGUAUAUCUUGCUCAAGUUCUCGAUGGACUGUUGUAUCUCCAUGAUCAGGGUGUUAUACAUCGAGAUAUUAAGGGUGCCAAUAUCUUGACGACAAAAGAUGGUCUCGUCAAACUGGCAGAUUUUGGUGUUGCCACUAAAUUGGCAGACAUGGCUGACCGUGCUGUAGUCGGAAGUCCAUAUUGGAUGGCACCAGAGGUUAUUGAACUGUUGGGUGCAACAACAGCGUCUGACAUAUGGAGUGUGGGUUGUACAGCUAUAGAGUUGAUUCAAGGUCAACCACCUCAUCACAAUCUUGCUCCAAUGUCGGCAUUGUUUCGUAUUGUUCAGGAUGAACAUCCUCCUCUCCCGGAAGGAAUAUCUGGGAGUCUGAGAGACUUCUUGUUACAGUGUUUUCAAAAGGAUUGUAAUUUACGAGUGUCGGCUAAGAAGCUUCUGAGGCAUCCAUGGAUAUUACAUGCCAGGAAGAAGAUAUCAGCUUCUCCACAUCAGUAUUCAGAAGCAGUCAACACUGUGCGGCAGUGGAAUGAAAUCUUGCAAGCACCACCAACUGCGCCUGUCUCCUUACCUCCUCCGCGAACUUCCAAAUUCAGUAGCAUGUCACGGAAAUCCUCAGCAGAGGAAAGCAAGCAGUUGCUGUUGGCUGUGCCUGAACAAGAUGAGAUUCGUUGGGAUGAUGAUUUCGUGGAAAACAUACCAGAUGUAAUGCCUCAGCCAAAGACACGGCAUCAAGGCAGUUUGCCGCCUUUGCCUCCAUUGCCUAGACCUCCAAGUUUUGUCGUGAAAGAUACUACCCCGUUAGUGAUAACCUCCAUGGAGCAAGAGAGCGAUGUUUGGGAUGAGGAUUUCGCUGCCUUUGAUGCGAAUAUAUCUGCUAAACUGGCAUCAGAUUCAUGGACAAACCCAUCGGCCACCGCAAAGCAAUCUAAACAGGGAAUAGCAUCGAAGCCGUUAUUUCCUGUCAAAGCCAUAUCUGAUACUCAAAAGACACUACCACGUAUGCCCCCUCCCAUGACCAGGGUUGGAUCUUCUAGUUCCACCUCGUCACGACCACCCACACCAGCUGAUGCAAUCCUCAACAAGUACACCGAAGAGAUAUCCGAUGAUUACUCUGACGUUCUCAAGACCGAGACGGAUGCUACUGUAGAUGAUUCUAAAAUAAAGGUGUCUGUUCUUGAAGACGAUUGGUUGGAUGGUGGUGGAUCUGAUAGUGAAGAUGAGGAUCCGUUUCUCACGUUGGUGGAAGACAUGGAUGACGCUGAGAACAUUGGCAAAGAUGCAUAUACCCGUGCAUCAAAAACAGUCAUGGAACUUAUUGCUCAACUUAGGCCAAGUGAAUCUGAGGAGGUCUUGAUCAUGACUUGUGAUCAACUUGUGAGCAUCUUCAAAUCAAAUCCAGAGAUGCGAAAGAAUCUGAUAACGCAUCAUGCAGUCAUGCCUAUCGUUGAAAUGUUGGAAGGUUGUGACAAGAAUGUGGUUUUGUUGAGAAUUCUUGGAGUUAUCAAUCAGUCCAUCGAAAACAACACUGAACUACAAGAAAACCUGUGCUUAUUGGGUGCGCUGCCAGUUAUUAUGAGUUUCACGUCUCCGGUUCAUGACUCUGAUAUUCGUCUGGAGGCUGCUCAAUUUGUCCAGCAAAUGUGUCGGACCAGCACAUUGACCUUACAAAUGUUUAUUUCAUGUCGUGGCCUGCCAGUCCUUGUCAACUUUCUGGACGAAGAUUACUCAAAGCAUAAAGAUCUAGUAUGGAUGACUAUUGAUGGGAUAUGGAGUGUCUUUGAGUUACAGGGCCCAACUCCAAAAAACGAUUUUUGUCAACUCUUUGCCAAACAUGGUUUAUUAGUGAGACUAGCCAAGACGUUGAAGGAUUUGAAUACGGACAAGGAUUCUCUGGCUGCUGAAUACACGUCUAGAGUGAUACAGAUCUUUUUGAUCUUUUCUCAAGCUGAUCCUGUUAUAAAAGAGAUUAUGGCGGAGCGUGGUACUAUGAGAGUAUUGGUACAACAGCUUCGACUUCUCAGUCCCAUGUUGGUUGUCUCUCUUCUCAAAAUCAUCAAGAAUAUCUCUAUGCAUGCACCAACAUUAGAAAUGUUGCAGAAAGCACAUCUAAUAGAAGAACUUUGUCAGAUUCUAGAACGGAAGGAUGGGCCAUGCUCUACAGAAAUAUGCAACCAAGUCCUCAAUACCCUAUUUAAUUUAUGUCGAAUCAACAAGGCUCGACAAGAAGCAGCCGCAGUUGCCGGCGUCGUACCUCAUCUGCAGCACUUUAUACGAACCAAUAGUCCACUCAAACAAUUUGCAUUACCAGUAUUAUGUGAAAUGGCACAUGCUAGUGCAGCAUGUCGCAAGAUUUUAUGGAAGUACGAUGUGAUGCAGACGUAUUUGAAUUUAUUACGGGAUGCAUAUUGGCAAGUGAAUGCCCUUGAUGCUAUCUUGGCCUGGCUAUCAGAAGAAACAUCCGAAGUAGAACCAAUCCUCAUCAAACCCAUGAACGUGGAUGCCAUGGUUGGAGCCUUCUGUCUUGCAAAGACCAACGCGUUUGAAAACAUCUUGGUACCCUUACAGAAACUACUAGUUUUGUCCAAACCCUUAGCGAAAGCCAUGACCAUCCCAUCAUUUAUAAAUCGACUGGUGGAUAAACUGCAGACUCCUAAAGCACUAGUCAGGAUCAACCUGUUGAAGAUCUUGACUUCGUUGUGUGAUGCUGAUACAAGCAGUGCUAAGACCGUUAUUGAUCGAUUCUCUAUAAGGCCGGUCAUUGAGAAGCUUGGGAAGGAUGACCCGGCAGUGUUGGUGUUGGAGAUGGCUAGGAAGCUUGUGUCAUAA